UUGUGCCUGCCCGAGCCGAAGGAGCACCACAACUUAUUAACCUGCCACAUCUAGCCUACGUACGUACACACGACAUUAGAAGCUGCGUGGAGAGGUAGCAUACAACAGCGCGCAUGGAGAAGAAGGAGGAGGAGCAGGCUACUACUCUCAUGCACCGCGUAAAAGCGCUGAUUUAACUUGAGUGCGCGGACACGAAGAGACUGACUGCAGCCAGACGUAACCAAGCGGGAAAGAACAAGCCAGGAAGCCAGAAUUCAGCACCGGAGCUGUCCAUUCACGGCCCCAACACGGGAUACCACACCGCGUCUUAAGACAUUCUUUUCGGGACUAAACUGCAGCGCGCCCGUGCCAUUUUUUUGGUUUUGUUUUUGUUUUUUGCGCGCGCUUUGGCCACUUCUGCGUUCCUGUAAAGUGUUUUCUUGCCAUGCUGAAAGGAUAAAGUCGCACCAAGUCUGUAACCUCAGCCUACACACCCUUUAAAAAACGCCAUGGGAGUGCUUAUGUCCAAGAAGCAGCAGGUGGAGAAGGUACAGAAAUGCAACGCCGUCGUCUCUGCUUUCCAAGCCGGCAUCAAAGACCGCCCACCCGCCGCCAAACCAGUGGAGGUACCAGAAGAGGGUGACAAAUCCCAACAAACUCAAGCUAGCAACCCGGGGGAGGAGAAGAAGACGGAGGAGCAGACGGAGCAGUCGGAAGUGGACCAGAGCGCCGCACCCUCCACGUCGCAGCAGUGCUCACUUCCUGGUCGGGAGGAGUGCAAAGUCAACCAGGAGGCGUGGUCAAGGCUACGGGACGGCAAGGGGGUGGAGCCGGAGGAUUUGGACAAGAGCCAUCAGCUAACACCGCCGGCGUUUGUGAGGCCCAAAAGAGAAGCAGACGAUGAUCAGCCUGUGGAGAUCGAGCUGGGGAUAAGAGAACAGCCUCCCAGUGACGAGAUGUGUGACGUAUGUGAGGUGUGGACGGCCGAUGACUUAUACCCCUGCCGGAUCUGCACCAGAGUCUUUCACGACGGCUGCCUCCGGGAACUGGGCUAUCUGAGCACAGAGGCCCUGCAGGAGAUGAGAGACACGGCCCACACGGUGACGGGCUGGAGCUGCUACUACUGUGACAAUCUAAAUCUGCUGUUGACCGAAGAGGAGAUGUACAGCCUCAUGGAGACCUUCAAGCAGUGCAAGAUCAUCCCAGAGUCGUGCCUGGUGUCAGAUGAGCUCCUGCAGUAUCGCCACUUUGUCUCUAAGCAGCAGUUUGACAAAGACCUGACAGACGAGCAGGAGGAGGAGGUGCUGGCACAGUUCUCUGCUCUGGACCCCGAGAAGAAAGGACACAUCGAGUGGUUCGACUUCCUCUACUUCGAGUCUCUGGCUGUGCUCAGGAAACUGCGCACGGAGAACUCCUUGAUGCGUCUGCUGAGCGGGAAGGAGAGGGACAAGGCCCGCUCCGUGUUCCAGAGUCUGGAUCAGGACAAGGACGGAGUCAUCACCCGAGCCGAGUGUCGCCAGGCGCAGCAGUCCUGGUUCCAGAAGGGCCCCAAGGACUCACAGUCUUGCAACGUCAGAUUCAUGGCGAUCUGCACUCCUAUGUUUUGUGGUAUCAGUCACGUUGGACCCAUUUGUGAGAGCAGUCCAGCCAGUUCGGGCAGCGACAGGAGCAAGACUGACGACAGCAGGCCUGUAACCUGGGCAGACUUCCUGAAGGACAGUGCCAUCUACAUCCUGGCAGCGCGCCCCAACAGCUCUGCCAUGCACAUCCGGAUGCCUCUAUAGUCCCGAGGCCGCGUGGUACCAACGGAGUCCACAGAGCGAGAGAGGGGAAUCCAGCCCACAAGUGUUUGACCAGACCGGGAAGAUCGCCAUGACGACACCACCGAGGACCUGAUUGAAAACAUGUCCGGGUUUUUGAAAGACAAGUCCAUUCUCUCCUCCUCCUCCUCCCACACUCCACGCUAACUACAUACCAGAUGGAUUGACGCACGAAAGACAGGAGCUUGUGAAAAGAGGGGUAUCAGACAAUCACCUACUCCGCACCAGACAGUUCCAAUGGGAUUUUCUGCUCCUGCUUCCGGAGGUGUAGACCUAACAUAUGAGGCUCUGUUAUAAGUUUAUCCUCAUCAUUUUCCUGCUUUGUAAAUGUACAUCUCGUUAUGUGCUUGCCUAAUGAUGAAUUCUUACCCAUCUGUUCUGAUAGACCUCAUUGUGUUUGAGUAAUGCUUUUAUGGAGAUUUUUGGAGGUUCGUUUUGGAGAAGCAGAUAGAAAGCUACAUUACCAUUAUUGUUAACAGUAAUCUAAAGGGAUUAUAAUUCCAUGAUACAAAUCUCUCUAAACCUGCCAGUGGAUCAAUAGUUGGAUAAUACAUGGGGAAUGGCAAAAAUUACAGUUGUCGGGAUGCUAAAAUUGCAUACUUAAUUGAUGAAUGCUGAAAAACUACAGAUUUUGAUAACACAAUAAUGUUUCUUUAGACAGUAGAGUGUAAUUUUCAACACUUCAAUGUGGUUUUAUGCUGUUCAGAUAUAUAUCAAGGUCACAGAAACCACAGAAAAGUAGAAUUGUAUCCUCUUUACCUGAUUUUACUAUCAAUACAUGUUCAAAUCAGUACCUAGUUUUGAUAGUAGUAUUGAUCUUGGUAUUGGCAUAUUUCACAAUUCUACCAAGAACAAGUUAAAAGCCAUACAUUUUGAUGAUAAAUGACAUACCAGUACAUACAUUUCCAAAAGCACUGUGUAUUUUCAGACAUUAACUACUCUGCUUUUGACCAGUAGUACUAAUAGACUCAGGAGUAGACGCAGGGUGUUUAAAGGCCCUAUAUUUAGGAUAUUUCAACUAUUUGGACACCACAUUAGUUGUUCACAUGUUGAUUGCCUUAACUAAUGUAUGGAAAACAAGUAAAAAGGAUAUAGAGCAAAUAUAGAGGAUGUUGAUUCAGUUAAAGAUGCUGGACUAGUCACAUGUAUAUGAAUGAUACAAGACCAAUUCUUGUGUUUUUAAUAGAGAAACAACACAAUUAAAAGAUAAAAAAGUACAUUUUGCACAUUGGGGAUUAGCAUUGCAGAAAAUUCCAAACAAAUAAUGCGAGAUACGGCUAAGUGUUUUCAAGUAUUUUUAAUUAUAAUCCUCACUUCCUGUCUGCUUCUUCAAAAGUGCCAUUGUAUAUGAUACCGUUCUACAUAACACCACGCUAUCCCUUUAAACCAUUUCACAAAUCCAGGUAUUCGCACUUUGCCAAGACUUCUGGUGGGAAUGAAUGCUAUCUGCACACACAGUAUUAUAAGAACUGCUCUUCAUGUCGGUAUAAAUGAAAAUGCAUUAUUACAAAGCUCUAUUUAUUCCUCUGCCACGCCCUGUUUCAGUCUGUUCUUCUGGAGUACUAACUGUGAAUGGAUGCUAAUGAAAGCUAACCCACUAUGUGAUGUGUACAUACUGCCAUAGUGUUUCUCUGUAGCUGCAUACAAGGUGGGGACGUGCUUGUUCCGGUGCCGUUUUUGCACUGUGGGGUUGGUAAAUGGAUUGUUGAAUGUUGAACUACUGGGUGGCGGAUAGCCCCUAAUGAACUACAGAAAGACAAUGGGAGAUGGUGCACAGGUUUGAUUGCAUCCCUUGUUGAUAUGCAUAAGCACUGUUCAAAUGUAUAGAAAAUGUGAUGGCAAAGCUGUAAUGUUGAUUAAAGAUUAUGGUGCACAGAUGCUGGUUCUAGGAUCACUGACAGUAGAGAUGUAAUAUAUAGUGUAUGAUGUGAUAUGCCGGGUUUGUUAGUGCAAAGAGUUUGGUUCUGACAGUUGUGUCACAGCACUGAAAUAAAUGCAUGGCAUUUUCCUCCUG